UGACAGGCUCUGGAAAACAUAAGUUAGCUCCUAGCUUACCUCAUGGUGCGCGACAGCUUCUAACAAUAACAUAAUUGUAAUAGUUGUAGUUAUCAUAUUAUUACCAUAACGAUAAUAUGUGGUUAUUAUCGUAAAGGCUAUUACAUUUAAAUAUUCCAGACUGUCGUGAAUUGGUGACAGUAAACUUCUGAGGUUUCCUAUUUCAAAAUAGAACCAUAAACAAUCACACAGCGUCGCAACACAGUUUCUCCCACUCCCCUCGCAGCCAAUCAGGGGGCGGAGUGCUCUGGGGCCGACCAAUCACAACGCACUAUUCCUUCUUCGAGACACAACGCUCUCAACAUGGCUGCUGCUGUAUAGUAAAGGCUCACAGUUUCUACACGAGAGAAAAACACUAAUUUAAAAGGAGAUAAACGGCGACCUGAACAUAAGAAAAGACCUUUACAUGAAUGCUGUGAACAGGAUCCGUGUGCCACACAUGAGCAGCAAUUAACCCUUCAAACAAAAACCCCACAUCCCAGAGUUCCCUGAUUCUCUCUGCGGGUCCCUGCAGCUGUGGGUGUGCCUCCUGUCACACUGGCAGAAGAGGCGGGGCAGGAGGUGUUGCCAGGUGGGGGACCAGGGCUGCACCUGCCCGCUUUCUCCGUCUCCAUCCUCCAUUUGUACCUGAUCCACUCGAGUUGCAGCUUCCGCAGGCGGUGGUCUGAGAGGGAUCCGGCCAAGAGCUCCAAACGCGUGGCGUCUGACCGGACUCUGCCAGGUGGCGUCGGCUGGUUGAGGGGCAGAGCAUGUUGAGUGGUUGUGGUUGCCAUGGAGCCGCAGGAUAAGAAGCAGGAGGAUGCUGUGACCCUGGGCCUGUCGACCGGCCAGGCUCUGGUGAAGCUGCGGGACCAGCUGCGGGACCUGCUGGACCAGCACCAGAGGGCUGCUCACCGACGAACCUCUGCGCAGGAGCAGUGGGUGAAUAGCUUCCUUUACCAUGGCAACCGUCACUCCUGCCUCCAUUGGCCAGGAGCUGCCCUCACUCUCCUGGUGGUGCUGGGACUCUUAUGUUGCCAUGGCAGCCAGCCAAAGGGCAGCUCCGGUAUAGAGCUGGUGAACGCCGCCGCUCUCCUCCUCCUCUUCCUGCUGAACCUGCUGCUGGUCGGACGUCAGGAGAGGCUCAAGAGGAGCGAGAUGGUGCGGCGCCUCAGGGGCAUUAUAACACAGCUCAGCGACUACCUGUCGGGGUGCGUGGGUGACGUACGGUGGUCUCCGUCUCAGUACCCUGACCUGUACACGCCCUCGUCCCCGUCGUGGUCGCUCCACUGGACGUACCGUGACUCCCGCCUGGUCAACCUGCCCGUCAGUCUGCUGGUGGAGGGAGACGUCAUCGCUCUGAGACCCGGCCAAGAGGCGUUCGCAUCGCUCAGAGGCAUUAAAGAUGACGAACACAUCGUGUUGGAGCCUGGAGAUUUAUUCCCCCCGUUCUCCCCUCCUCCUUCCCCACGGGCCAAUGAGAAGAGAGGACCCCAGAACCCCCAGCAGCACCGCCUCUUCAGGGUCGUCAGGACUCCAGUGCUGGACACGGUCAGGAACAGUUUGGAGAUGGCGCUGUCUCGGCCAAUCACAGUCCUGGAUAAUGAGAGGUUCACAGUGCAGUCGGUCAUCACCAAGCUGGUGUGUCCCGUGGUGCUGGUGGCGUUCCUGCUCGUGAACACUGGCCGCUAUUUUUGUGACGCACCCAGCCUCACCCCCCCCUGCUACAAUUUCUUCCAACUUCAGGUGAUGGGUGUUCUGCCCAUCUUGCCGCUGCUCUUCCCCGUCAUGUGGGUGCUGGUGAACGCCUUCGGAGAGGCCAGGGUCCUGGCAGAGUUCAGCCGGGUGUCUCCAGCUGGUCUGCUUGCUAAGUUCUCUGAGGACACUCUAAGCAGCUACACCGAAGUGGUUUCCUCCCAGGAGAUGCUGCGUUGUGUGUGGAGACACCUGGUCGGCGUCCUGAAGGGAGAGUCUCAGACGCUCUGCUACACCUCCAGCCUCCUCCACACUCUGGGAUCUGUCACUGUGCUGUGUUGUGUGGACAAACAGGGCAUCCUGUCGUGGCCUAACCCCAGUCCAGAGACCGUGCUGUUCUUCAGCGGCCGGGUCGAACCUCCUCACAACAGCCAGGACGACCUCAGAGACGACCUGUCUGUCAACUCCUACUGCCGCAUGGAGACGGAUGAUGACAGGGACGAGGCCCAGGAGGUGCAGGCUCUGCUCUGUCUGCCGGCAGAGUCCUCCACGCAGCUGGGGGAGGGGCCUGAGCUGAGCGAAACCUCGCACGACACCGUUCGCUCGUCUGACACAGCGGGGCUUCGGCGCCCCUAUCAGCCCACGCACACUCGCACCAAACACCACUCCGGAUCCAACGUGAGCUUCAGCCACGACACCGAGGGAGGCGAGGAGGACCAGGCCCAGGACUUUGCGUUGGGCUGCCCUGAGGCGGAGGCGGAGGACUUCGUGUGCGACUACCACCUGGAGAUGCUGAGCUUGUCUCAGGACCAGCAGAACCCGACCAGCAUCCAGUUCGACGACCAGUCCUGGCAGUGCCACCUGCCCUCCCUCAAGCCGCUGGGCCUCAACAUCAUGCUGAACCUCUGCAACGCCAGCGUCACCCAGCAGCUCUGCCGCUUCUCCGACCACCUGUCCAACCUGGCGCUGCAGGAGAGCCACGGCACUGUGCUGCCCGUCUACGUCCCCUGGGGGCUCUGCGAGCUCUCCAGGCUCAUAGGUUUCACUCCUGGCGCCCGGGAGCUGUUCAGACAGGAGAACCACCUGGCUCUGUACCAGCUGCCGUCUGGAGAGAAGCCCAAGGAGUUCACCUCCCGCCACCUUCAUUACUUCACCAAACGCCAGCCUCCCAUGUCCCACCUCAUCUCGCUGUUCGUACGGGACUCUUCCUCCAAUAACAUCCAGAUGCUGUCACACGGUUCGGCUGACCUCAUCCUGGAGGCCUGCACUGACUUCUGGGAUGGGACUGAUAUUUACCCGCUGUCAGGCUCAGACAGGAAGAAGGUUCUGGACUUCUACCAGCGCGCCUGUCUGUCAGGGUACUGCUCAGCCUUCGCCUACAAACCCAUGCAGGUGUCACUGUCGAGCCAGCUGAACGGGAAGUGUGUGGAGCUGGCCCCCGGUCCCUGCCUCUUCUCUGGAGUGGAGCUGCCCUCCACCACACCCAUCAAACACAACUCCUGCAGGAACAGCUGGAGCUCAGAUGAGGGGAUAGGUGAGGGGGUGGAGCGUGAGGACUGUGUUCAGGCCCUGAGCGGGCAGAUCUUCAUGGGGAUGGUGUCGUCUCAGUUCCAGGCCAGGCUGGACACGGUCCGGCUCAUCGACGCCCUGGUCACGGCCUGCAUCCGCUUUGUUUACUUUUCUAUGGAGGAUGAGCUCCGCAGCAAGGUGUUUGCGGAGAAGAUGGGUCUGGAGACGGGCUGGAACUGUCACAUCUCCCUGACUCCCAACGGAGACAGUCCCUGUGACGGAGCUCCGUCCAGCCCAGGUCACGGCUCGCUGCACGAAGACCUGAACCAAGACUCUCGGGACGAAGCAGAAGGUCCGCUGCUGCCGGAGGAGGAGGCGCACUCUGACCUCGCCAGCUUCCAGCCCACGGACAGCGACGUGCCCAGCUUCCUGGAGGACUGCAACAGGGCCAAGCUGCCUCGUGGCAUCCACCAGGUCCGUCCUCACCUGAAGAACAUUGAUAAUGUGCCUCUGCUGGUGCCUCUCUUCACUGACUGCACCCCUGACACCAUGUGUGAGAUGAUGAAGAUCAUGCAGGAGAACAGAGAGGUCACGUGUUGUCUGGGAAGCUCGGCCAAUUUCCGCAACAGCCGCCUGUUCCUCCAGAGUGACCUGAGCAUCGCUCUGGACCCUCUGUACCCGUCUCAGUGCUCGUGGGAGACGUUCGGCUACGCCACCGGAGGAGGUUUUACCGGCGGCGCCGAGGGUCUGUCUCCUCUCAGGCUCUCCGGACAGCUCAACAGUCUGGGCUGCUCCGUCACCUUCCACCAGGGAGAGAGCGUCAGCAUGGUCAAGCUCAUAGAGCAGGCGCGACACACGACCUACGGCAUCCGCAAAUGCUUCCUGUUCCUGCUGCAGUGUCAGCUGAGUCUGGUCAUCAUCCAGUUCUUAGCCUGUCUGGCUCAGCUUCCUCCUCCAAUGAACACCACUGACAUUCUCUGGUUGUCCUGCUUCAGCUGCCCACUUCUAAGUGUGUCACUGCUGGGGAAGCCUCCUGACAGCUCAGUCAUGGCAGUUGCCACGGGGAAGAACCUAGACGCCAUUCCAAGAAAGACCCAGAACUACUUCCUCGGCUGUUUCCUGCUGAAGUUUGGUCUGACAGUGUGUGCCUACCUGUUGGCCUUCGGCUUUACCCUGCACGAGGUCUGCCGGAGUAGCGGCAACUUCACCUUAGCUGAAAACACCAGCAUCACCUGCCUUAACAUACUCGCAGCGAGCUCUUCAGACGAGGCUCCUCAUUGGUUCACUGAGCUGUCAAAUGGUCUGCUGCUGACUCAGAAGGUCAUGGCAGGGUUCCUUGUCUUACACACAGUGGUGAUUUCCCUCAGCUACGUCCACCGCUCUCAGCCUCUGUGGAGAAAGAGUCCGUUCAGCAACACCUGGUGGUGUCUCACUGUACCUGUGGUUCUGCUCAGCCAGGUUGUUCAGGCCUUGGUGGAUUACCAGCUGUGGCGUGACCAAGGUGGCGCCCUGACCUUUAACCUGGGCGACAUCCCGCUGCACGCCUGGGUGCUCGUGUCUCUGUCCCCCCUGCUGGUGGUCGUGGUCAACGAAGUGGUGAAGCUGCACGAGAUACGGGUGCGAGUCCGUUACCAGAAGAGACAGAAGCUGCAGUUUGAAACAAAGCUGGGGAUGAACUCUCCGUUCUGAUGCUUUCCCUCUGAGGGAGCUGGCGUCGAGGCAAUACUGGGAACCAGUCGGUCUGUUCUGGAGACCAGGGACGGACGGGGUGCGAAUACUGCAGCGCCCCUCCAUUAACACUUCAGCCCAACAGCACUGCAACCUUCAGGUGGAGCUGCAGAUAUCAACCAAAUGUCUUUACGGUGGGAGCUUCACGACACGAGCUCCUGUCAGUUAUCUGAAGGGCAGGGAAAAGAAAAUUCCAAAGCAUUCAUUUCCACUGAGUAGAAAAAGAGCCAAAAAUAGAUUUACUGUCUGGUUUUAGUUUGUUUUAAAGGCAUGAGGAAUGUUUUCUGACAAAGUUUAUUCUUCCUCACCGUCACUUCUGUCUCUGAGAGCUGUGGGUGGUCACUCUCAUCUCCAGGUCCCAAUCAAUCCACUGAAAGCUACCUUUACUUUGAAAGGUCGACACAUUGAAUCGUGGCAUAUCAUCAGACCAGUCCAGCCUUCGUUCACUUUAACAUCAUAUUAAUAUGUCUUUAUUUAAAAGAAAACACAUAGGGUUGAAAAGAAAGGUUAACUUUGGAACCCUGAAGUGUUUAUACUGUAAUAUUUUAAUGGUUAUGAAAGAAAUAAUCACAAGAAAAUUGUGUGAAACAAUAGAGAAAGAAAGAAACAAUAAUUUGUGAAUUAAACCUAAUUAUUAUCAAAUAUUUUGAUUACAACAGAGUUUAAUAGUUUUAUAGGAGGCUUUUUAUUCAUUUCAAAAUGUCCCCUUUCAGAAGUCUUCUUAUUUGCUCAGUGACACACAAGCUCAACAGUUAGCUGCUGUUAGCCAGCACCAAUGCUAAAGUUAUUCUGAAUCAACUAAGCUGCUGCUGUAAAUACACAGCAGAUAAACACAGACUGCUUUUAUUUAACUAGCUAGGAAGGGUAGGAAGCUUGGUUUAUUAUAAUGUGAAAAGUCUGUUAGCGCUUUUAGCUAGCUCCAGUUGGCUAGCGCGAAGACAGAAGGAUUGUUGAUCUUUUUGCUCUGAUGUCGAGUAACGAUCCAAGCUAAGUUUUAAAAGCUAAAGAGGUUUUAGUUACUGUGUCUGUGUACUGUGUUUAUUUACAACUGCUGCUAGCUAGCAGGUUGAUUCAGAGUUACUUUAGCACUGCUGCUGCUCUGGCGAACAGGCGCUAACUGGGUAAAGCUAGUAGCAGUUGUUGAGCUUGCUAGUUUAGCAAGCAGGAGGCGUGUGAUUGGAGUUUUGAAAAAGGGCAUUUCUUUAAUGAAAUAAAAUGGCAUCAAAUAAAAUGAUUUAUUGCAAUAAGAAAAAUAAAAAACAUAGUAAUGACUUGAGUUUUAAUAAUUUGUUAAAUUAUUUCACAAACUGUUGGUUCAUGUGAUUAUUAACUUCAUAAUAGCUUUAUUUAUUUAAUAUUCAGUAUUUAAUAUUGAAUAUUUAUGAUUUAUAACUUUCUGGGUUGCAUUUCAGCCGUUGAGCCACGUUUUAAUCUUCACUGUGGUGACAGGAAAAUGUUCUCUGUUAUUUCAUUGUGUUGUGUUGUUAGUUUCGGAGCUAAGCCGACGUCAGACCUGCUGUAACACAACAAGGAAGGAUUGAAUCGGAUCGCUCAUGUUUCAUACACAUAUCUAUGUUUAAAUGUGUUCAGACAUGGCUGUGCGGUGAUCUAGUCCCUCCCCAGCUGAUGGGUUUACUGUGUAUAUAACAAUGUUGACUGUGGUGUCCUGACACCAGAGUCUUCUGAAAGGUGCUUCAUAUUCUUCAGUUGCCUUCCUCCUCAGCCUGUCUGCCUGUUUCAUGUCUCAACACCUCCACAGAUUUGUUUCCCCUCAUUUCAUUUUUGAUCUGCCGACCAGCGAACUCCACAGAUUCAUUUUUCUUUCAUGAUCACCUUCAAGUUUCACCAUUAAUCUUCAUUAAUCUCCCACUGAUUCCUUUAUGCGGUGGAGCCUCAGCAGCAGCAGACGUCUGUAUCACUGUCGGUGUUUUUUCAAUCAGACCAGCCGUCUGUGUGGUGCUGUCGUUAUUGCAGAUGGAUGUGAUUUUAAUAUUGCUACUGUACACAAGUGGGUUGGUGGUAUUUAUUGGUAAUGUAUUGCUAAAUACCAGCUGUUUUUACACAUAUGGAACAAUGAAAGUCAUUUUUGUCAAUGCCAGAUUAACCUUGGGGCAGAAAUGAGCCUCAUCAAAUGAUCAGUUUCUCAACUAAUUCCCAGAAAAUGGAUUGUAUCCUAACAACAUUAUUGUGAUACGAAAUGCUGUAUACUUUUUUUUUUUAAGAUACUUUUAUUAUGCUGGAAUCAAGUGACAUUUACACAUUACAUGUCACAGGUUUACCUCAGAUUUUAAAAUGUUUUCCCCUGAAAGAAAUGAUUGUCUCAGAGGAUUUUCUCCACAUCACUCAGCCCUGUUUCUGAACUAACCUGCAGUGAACCUGGGCUUUCAGGGGGCCCUGAAGUUUGAGGUCUGUCCUUCCUGGAUUGGACCACAUGUAGUGCAGCUUAAUCUCAUGAUGGCAUCAAACACGGCUUCUGGGGUUUAGUGUCAGGGCCGUAUUUACCAUUGAGGUCAUGUCCUCGUCAUUCUUGUUGGGAAUUCGGAGGGUUCAACCAAGACACAAUUAAAACUAACUAUUUAUGGAUAUUUUAGAGGCCAAGUGCAGACAUCAUAUAUUUACAUUUGACUGUUUUUAAGCCAAGAACAAAUGGAUAAACAGUUCAACAUUUCCCCACCAGGAUCUUAUUUCUGGUAGUGUGGAGAAGGUUUUGGAUCUAAAUCUAGAUGCUUGUUGCAACUUAAAAUUUGCAGAUUAGAUUCUGUUUUUUUUUUUUUUUCAAUUAGCUCUGUUUAACCUGUGUGCUCGCUUUUCUGUGUGUGCCUGUUUUAGUUAUUCCAUGGCUGCAAAUGCUCUUUAAAGUUACACAUUUAAAGGGGCUAGCUGUGAGUUUUCUCUGCCGCCAAACGUGGUUUCUCACCGGGAGCGGGUGGUGGUGAUGCUCGCUUUCCAAGAGCUUCAGCCGUCAUUGCGUUUACAAUAGGUUAUAAUAGCAGCACUACUUCUUUAGGGCAGGCUGUGACUUGCUAUCACAAAGUGACAAGACGGGCCGGCGGGGGCUAGCUGGUUAGCAUGCUAACUUCAGUUGAAGGAAAGAAGUGAUAAGAGUUAACAUUGGUGUUUGUUUCCACCUCUGGAGACAGCUGUUGAUGCUAACACUGGCCACGUAGCAAUAGCAAAAACUUAAACAUAGCACCUUUUUAAAGUGGGGCUGCAUGUGAAUAGGUACAAGUGAAGAUGUGCAAAAGCACAAUUGGACUUCCUGGUUUUACAGCACCUGUGAUCACUUUGUGGACGGACAUGGACAUGAAACUACUGAAGAUGGUUUGAAGACAAACAUUACAAUGCAACAUUUCUGAUUUUAUUUUUUUUGUUGGCCCUGUUUUACACUUUCUUGGUUUAUAUCAUGACAAACAUAUGGACUAUGCUGCAUGAAUAAGAUCCACAUGAAUGCUCCGUCUUAAUCAGUGUACGUUAUCUAUAGUUCUACUGUUUUGUUCACACAUCAGCAUGGACUUCACGCUGUACGUCACCAGGCCUCUGGUACGACCUGCAGAGCUGAAGCUAACGUUUUGAUGACAUUACCAUGCGUAGGCUCCGAGCUGAUGCCUCAGUCAGCUGAUCGACUGACGGACUACGAGAUAGUUGUUCACAAGAUACAUAAAUGUAUAUUUUGUAUUUUUUUAAAGUGUCUAUGUUCAGGACUUUUGACAAAUUUGUUUGUGUAUUGAUUAUGUCAUGAUAAUAAAUAUGUUCUUUUAUUUAUAA